AUGGGGACUCCUCUCAAGACUGUCAACUUGCAACUUGCACCUUGCGGCUCUGUACUACCCAGAAUGAACGGUUAUGGUCGCCUCUGGAGCACGCUCGGGGAGAAACCUGCCGUGGUUGUCGGCGCGAGUCUGGGCGAGUACGCCGCGCUGUAUGCUGCAAGAGCACUCUCCGCCGGCGACGUGAUCUUCUUGGUUGGGCAGCGUGCUCUGCUAAUGCAGGAGCUGUGCACCGCUAACAGCUAUGGAAUGCUAGCUGUCCAGGGAACCGUCGAGGAUAUUCGUCGCUGCGUGCAAGGCCGAGCAUAUGAAGUCGCUUGUAUUAACACGCCCCGGGGUAUCACGAUCACUGCGUCGAUCAAGGACAUCGUAGACAUACAAGAGUUCCUAGGGUCACAAGGGUACCGCACUGUCAAGUUGAAUGUCCCGUUUGCGUUUCACUCCUCCCAGAUGGAGCCCAUCCUAGAUCGAUACGAAGACAUCACGAAAUAUGUCUCCUUCCGAAGCCUCAAGAUCCAACCCAUUUCACCCACGAGUUUGGUCGCCUGUUUAAUCCUGCGGGAUAACACGCGGGCGCCCGUCCGGUUCGCGGAAGCCCUUGCCAAAGCGCAGGAUAUGGGACUCGUCAACUCCCAUACUGUCUGGGUGGAAAUUGGAGUCCACCCGACCUACUCGGGCGCCGUGCGCGCCACUGUCGCAGAUCUCGAGGUCAUUGUGCCAAGCUUGCGGUCAGAUGAGACUAACUGGCAUACAUUGGCCGUUAGCAUGUGCACCCUUCAGGAGACCGGAGUUCCACUGGACUGGAAUGAGUGGUAUCGACCCUUCGAGUCGGAAGUCCGCCUGCUAAACUUGCCAUCCUAUCAAUGGGACCUGAAGAAUCACUGGAUCCAGCAUAACGGAGACUGGCUGCUGGUGAAGGAUAAACGGCCUGCAACUGACUCCGUCUCCGCUGCAACGCCAUCCUUGCGCACCGCUUUGGUGCAUCAGAUUCUGGAGGAGUCGUUCUGGCCCGAUGGCGGAGAGAUCGUGGUACAGUCCGACGUCAUGGACAAGGACUUUUUUGCAGUUGCGUCAGGGCACAAAAUGAGUGGGCGUCCGCUCGUCUCAGUGUUUGCCUACACCGACAUUGCUUUCACAUUAGCGAGAUAUAUGUACUCCCGCCUUAAGCCCGAAUCACCGCUUGCGGCCAUGGAUUUUGGUCAAGUAAGGGUCUUCCAAGGGCUGAUCCCACGAAAAGAUCGGUCCAAACCGCAAUGGGUUCGGAUGCGCAUGCAGGCGGAUCUCCGGCGUACAGCGAUGCAGUUGUCCCUAUCUCGUCUCCUGGAUGACAGCUCACAAACCCCGGAGGAGAAGCUGGACAGUGGUGUCGUAACAUGCGGUGACAGAAGGGCUGGCAGGAUGAAUGGGCCGACUACGCCCACCUGCUGA